AUGAAGUUCUUCGCCUUUACCCUCGCCCUCCUAAGCGGCAUUGGAAUGACUUCCGCCGCAGCUCUGCAGAAACCAGUCAAUGGUCUUGAGGAACGCCAGGGCUGCGUUUGGUUGACCUGUUGCAAUGCGGGCGGUAGGCGGCUACCACCUGCUUGUUACCCUGGAUUUUGUGAUGCUGGUUUCCGCGAUUGCAGCGCUGGUAGGUAA